UGUCCUCGUGUGGGGAUGACCGAAGCAUGCCCGAUUGUAGUGGCGUGAGGCUGCGCACUACAGCCAUGGUCGACCAGCCUGCAGACACACCAGAAUCCUCUACUAGCACUCCGACAGAGGCGUCUCAACCUGUCGCACAAAGUGAUCCCAAGCCUCAGGAGGACGCUUUUGUAGCUCCCAACAACGACAGAACCGACCUACUCGACAAGGCUCGCGCGUUCCUCAGCUCACCCCAGGUCCGACACGAUGACUAUACUGCGAAACGCAGAUUCUUGGCGGAAAAGGGACUCGACAAUGCGGAGAUAUCCAUUCUGCUGCAGGAGACGCCUCCUCAGGCCCCGAUUGUCCCUCCACGAACAUACCCACAGCCCCCUCCAUCCAACCUACCUGCCCUAUUUCUCGGCAUUGGCAGAAUAUUCAGUUGGAUAGCAGGUGGCUCUGCUGCCCUUCUAGUCAUCUACUUCCGUUUCCUAUACCCUAGGAUUGCCCAAACGUAUCAGGCGCGACACGCCUUGCAAACACACCAAAAGGACCUACUUGGUCGGCUAGCAGCAUCGUUGGAAUCACUCAAAGCUACACAAGGAGAGACUGUCGCUGUGCUGCCCCGCCCCGCGCCCGCGGAGGACGUUCAUUAUGGACAAUGUCAGACCCUAGACGAAGUCGUCAAGGCAAGUGAAAGCAGUCAAGAUGUACCUGACGUCACACUUCUGCGCUGUGCACUCGCGGAUCUCGCUGCAGAGAAGAAGCCAGCGACGCCUGAGGCUAUGUUCCUCGUGUUGGAAGGAAAGAUUACAUGGAUGAAAGACGACGAGGGAUCUGUGCGACAUGAGCAACUCUGGCAGACACUGACAAGCAGCCCGCUGUUCCACGAAGACACCACCAAGGACACGUCAUUAUGGUCAUAUACACACCCGCUCCCUCCCCCCGCACCGCCGCUCAUGCAGUCGCUAUACACACUCAAAGCGGCCUUGCCCGCCCGCGCCGCUCACGAACCCAGUCGCUUCCAACAUACGCUGAACACAUUGACAGACCUCACCGGUUACAUCGCCACGCGUACCUACGAUACCCUGAGGCUGGGCUUCGAGCCAAAUACGCCCCCGGGAAUCGAGGAGGAAGUGAAGCGAGAGAUACGUGCGCUCAAAGGGCUUGUGCUGAACCGACGCGCGUUUAUGCCGACUGUCCCGAGAGCACCGUCGUACACGCAUGGUCCUCUUUUCAGCCCAGCGUCCGUGAACCCGUGAGUCGUUACUCGCUCGCUGUUCAUGGUUGAGUGCCACGAUGUACUGUCCAUUUGUAAAAUACCGGGACAGCCCUUUGCAGGCUUGAGUCCAUAUAUAGGGCAUUCUGUACAGAUGAUACAAUGCCCAGAGGACGACGCGUUGACGCGUUGGCGUGACAGCGAUCGUCGUGAUGGUGCCAGUGGUGUACAGUAUAAGACUAAACUUUGCGCAGAGCCGAGGGACUACGUUCACGAAAUGCCGAUGGUGUACUGUAUAUGACUAAUAAGCUUUAGGCAGAGCCGCCGAAGGACUACGUUCACAAAGUGCCGAUAUCGUGCUUAG